UAUUUGCAAACAACAUUUCUCCUCUUAGGAAGAAAUAAAUCCAUUGGUGAUUGGAGAAGCCAUUGCCAUAAACUGGAUGAAUUAGGAAUUCCAAAUUCAGAUGAUGUGUGCCUUUGAAAACUACUCAAAUGUCCUUAUAUCGGAUGAGAUGAUGUCAAUCUAGAAACCUGUGAAGACUGAUGUAGAACACGCUACAAAGAUGAUGAAGAUGGUGAGCUAACAAUGUUGACGUGGCUGUCAACAAAGAGGAGAUGAAUGUCCUCAAGAUAAUCCUCCAAAUCUAUAAUAUGAGGCUCCACAAACAAGGAUGAUAUGUCUACAAGAUACGAAUCCCAAGUAGUUAUGUAUGGAAGAUGAUGGCUUAUUUGCUGCAUUAAAUCAAUGGGGGCCAAAGAUGUGGCAAUACCAAGCUGAUUAAGAACAACAAAAGAUGGAGAUUGGAUCUCAAUGUGAGGAGAAGGAAUUGGGAGACAAGUCUCUGAUCUAUUGUAACAUGCAAGACUUGUAAUAUACUCAAGCUCCUUUAAAGUAUCAUCAUUAAAGGUUAUGCAAUCUGCAUUUGCAAAGGGAAUGCGGCAAUGUGCAGUAGGAUCCUUUGGGAUGGAGAGAUAUGAGGGUCUCCAUGGAUCUCUAAAGGCGACUCCAAAGUGUGUGGGAAUAGUCAAUGUUUGAUACAACACACAUAGUGUCGAGAUCAACCUUAGAAUACAUCACUCCUACAAUGUGGUCAAUGAUGUUACCCCAAGCUAAUCUACCCCCUGGUGUGGCUGGUUCAGGUACAAGUCUAUUCGAAUAAGGCAAAAGAGAUCAAGCCACCUGAGAUGUGUUAGGAUGCCAUUUUGCCGAGACUCAUAAUUACUCUUUGCUAGGAUGACAAUAGAAGGAUGAAUAGAAAAAAUCAAGAUGUGAAAUAAGAUUGAAUAGUAUUUACUGCCAAGUUAAAAACUAAAUAAGGACAAGAGGAUGUAGAUAAACGUUGCUUUUAAAAAUGAUGGAAAAAAGUCAAUGUAUUAUGUUGACCUCAAUGGUUGUAAUUUUUACACUCUUGCAAGGAAGAAGAGGAUAGUUGAGAAACCAAUCCACUACCAUAUGGCUCCAUAUAAUGCCCCCUUUUUUGGUCCAUUCCAACAUUCUUGGAGAGUGCCAGCUUUCUCAUAAAGGUUUUUUGAUAGCAGCAGAGAAUUCUUGGAAUCAAGGUGGGUAUAAUUAUCCAAUUUCCAUGCGAUUCCAACCUUCUUGGAGCACUCCAAACUUCUUGGAGAAAUCCACCAUCUUUGGAGAACGCCAACUUUUUUACGAAGGGAAGAGCUAUGCACUUAAUGUGCGGGUGGAGUUAAUUGGGGAAGCAUAAUUGGCCCACUUUAAUAUUUUCCGGAGAUUUUAAUUGAUGCAUGUAAAAGAAUUGAAUAAUUAAGCUAUCAAAAAUUCGUUUUAUAAGAUAACUUAUGUCUAUUUAUUUUAAAAUGUUGGCCAACGUAUAAAGUGCUUUAAAAAAAGAAUGCCAAAAUGUGUUAUAUAAUUAAGAGAUUUUAAAUGUCACUUUUAGAGGGGAUAAUAAUAUUUUAUUAUUUCUGAAAAUUGUGUAAAAGGGAGAUUUGAGGAGAGAAAACUCAUUUUGUACAUUUUUGUGAGGUCCUAGCUUGUGAAGAUUGAAAUUUGUUCAUUUAUUCUGCCCUAGUAUCGAAACCCUUUGGCAAAGAAUGCUUUUGAGGACGAAAACCCUCCUAGCCAUUUCAGUGAAUUCGUUCAAGGUUCACCAAUGCGUUGAAUGUUUGUAGGAGAUUUUAUUGUGUUGGAAUAAUUCAGUUUGGGUGUCAUUUGCUUGCAAAUCAUAUUGGGAUUCAAAGAGAAGAUUGAGUACUGGCGUCAUUGGUAUAGAGUUUUUUUAAUUAGUUUUUGUAGGCCGUACCACUUCAUAGUUUUAAAUCAAAUCUUUAUUGUUACUCAUAAGAUUGUCAUAUAGCAAAGAGAGGGUGCAUGAGGUUUAUGAAGGGAGGCAGAACACUUAAGAAUCUGAUUUUGGAUUUCAUAUACAUUUCUAGCCACAUCACUCCCAUAGGCCACCAUAUUCUAGUAAAAUUCUAGUGAUAAAGGCAGCCAUUAACAACGUUGUACUAGUCCAAGUUUUGCUAUAUCAGAAUGAGAAUGACUUCAAACUUCAUCUAGAGUAGUAGUGCACCAGUUUCAGAUCAAUACAUCAGUCAUUCUACAACAUUGGGCAGCGUCGAUAUCAUCCUUUUGCUGCAGCUCCAGGGACAAGCAUUAUAGUUUGCAUGAUUCUGGUAGAAGCAUUAUGGAUGAAAUAUUUGUUGCAGGCUCACCUGUGCAGACUGAGUGCGAUAGUUUCGAGGAUUCUGCGGUUGGCACUGAAACUGGAAGAUGUGGUAUUUGUAUGGAAGAGGUCAUUGACCGCGGGCUCCUGGACUGCUGCAAUCAUUGGUUUUGUUUUAAAUGCAUAGACAACUGGGCAGUUAUCACCAAUCUAUGUCCCCUCUGUAAGGCCCAGUUUGAGAUCAUCACAUGUGUUCCUGUCCAUGACACAAUUGGUGGCAGUAGUGAGUGGAACAAUUCUACUCCAGAAGGAACAGAGAGGGAUGAAGGCUGGUGUAUCUAUGGGGAUAACAGGGCACUCUCCUUUCCGUCCUAUUAUAUUGAUGAAGAUGCAAUUGUUUGUUUGGACGGGGAUGGCUGCAAAAUACGAUCUGGAGUUACAACAGAGGAGUCAUCAUCGCUUGAUACUUCUGUUGCAUGUGACUCCUGUGAUAUCUGGUAUCAUGCUCUAUGUGUUGGAUUUGACCCGGAAUUUACAAUUGAAGGUACCUGGCUUUGCCCAAGGUGCAAAAUGAGUGGGCUGCUUGAAAAUUUGAACUCCACUUUCUGUCAAUCCUCACCUGACAAAGAUCAGAGUCGUAAGUUCUGUGAUGACAUGCUAUUGAACAGUAAAAUGUCAGUUCAUGUUGCAGAUGCAGGGGAGACAGCUGUUGUUGUUUCAAUGUUUGAAGGAGAAAACUGUGGUCCAGCUACAGAGGAAGAGCCUGGCAAGGUUGCAUCCUUCGAAGAUAAACAUAAUGCUAAUAAAAUUUCUUCGGCAUUAUGCACCGGUCAAAAUACUGUAAAUUCAAAGAAACAUGGAGGAGAUGAGCUACUUUCCAAUUUUAAAGAGAAUUUUGUCUCUAAAGGUUGUACAGCUCCAUCCAUUAAUGAUUUAUCAUCAGGUUCAGUUGAAGAUUGUAUUCAAAUACCUUCUGUUGCAGUUAUUAAUAAAGAAAUCAAACAUAAUUCCUUAAAUAUUUCAAUGCUUGAAGGUGAAAAGGAUGCUUCAGCUACUCAGCCAAAUUCUGGAGAUGUUGCACUUAUGGUUGAAGAAGAGGUUACUAAUAAAGUCUUUGUGCCAUUAUGUACAGAUGUAAACAUGAAUUCAAUAGGAAGAGAACAGCAAGAUUUGCUAUUCCCAGAAAAUAUACUCAGUGCUGAUGACUGUAAAAGUUUCACAGUAUUUCCACCCAUGAAUGAUUCAAAAGAAGUGUUGGAUGAAGAUUGCAGUCCAAUACCUACCACUAUAGCACCUAGUAAGGAAAUCAACCAUGUAAAUACAGUAUCUAGAAGUGAAGUGUCUGAUUCUGCUACAGAAUCAAGGGAUAGAGCCAGGCCUACUUCUUUGGUUGAGAAUUCUCAAGCUUGUGUAUGGAUAACUGAUAGUCAGAAUAUAGUAAAGCCUUCAACAGACAAAAGUAGAAAGGAGAAAAAUGAUGUGGUUGGAGAAUUUCUUCCUCAAAUUGCUAAAAGUUUCGACAAAUCACAUGCUAAAAUAGGGGAGAAGCAUUCUGGCAGUUAUCUUGUUGGGAUGUCUCUCAGUCAGGUUCCAACUAAUGGUUCAAAAUUAUCAGCUGAUAAGGACACAGCAAAGAGGAUCAAUGCAGAAGGAAGUAUUCUGGAUAGAGAACCACCUCAAAGCAGCACAGGGAAAAAUCUGGAUUCAAAAUGCCGAGAUGCAGUUGAUACAAGGGAUUCCAUGUUGGUUGACCAAGGGUGUGGAAAGAUUGCAAAGCAAAAGGAAAUUACUACUAAAAGAGCAAGACUGAGUGGACAGAAUGAGCAUAUUCAUCUCCUAUUGCCAAAAACUCAAUGUAAUGCUAAUCAGAUGAUUGCUCCUAAGGAUGCUUUUGGACUUAAGAAGAAACUGAGGGCUGAAAAGUUGGAAAAUCACUCUAAAUGUGAAAUAAUCCCAUCUGACCUUAUGGAGAUUGUAAAGGGGCAAGAGUUCAAUUUUUCUGCAAAGACACAGGAGCAUUGUUCUCCAAGAAAGACUGGGAGUGAAAACAAUCGAGGAGGCAGUGUGAGAUUAAAGAAGAUAAUGCCAAGACGAAUGGAUGAAAGUGAGGCAUCACGUUUAGUCCAGGAGAUGACAAAGGAACUAAGAGCAGCAGUGGGUAAUGGUACCAUGGAGGACCUUGGUAAGAUUGAUGCUUAUGAUGAGAGACUCUUAGAGGCAUUCAAAGCUGCAAUGAAAAAAACAUUUAAAAGUGACAAUAAAAGUAACCUGUGUCAUGUAAAAGUGAACAAGCAACCUCAAAAGAGAGGGAAGAUACGUGAGAACCUGACCAGAAAGAUAUAUAGUACAGGAAGUGGAAAACGGCGCCGUGCAUGGGAUAGGGAUUGUGAGAUUGAAUUUUGGAAAUCUAGGUGCAACAGGGAAAAAAAAAUCAGACAGAUAGAGACACCUGAUUUAAUUAAGAAUCUUUUGAAAAAGAGCCUUGAUGCAUGCUCUAAAUCUCCUGAAAUUGAAAACAAGUCCAAAAUAAAUGAAGUUGAUCCAAUAUUUUCAAGGUUAUAUGUAGCAGACAACUCUUUAUUCCCAAGGAAUGAUGAUAUUAAGCCACUUUCUGCUCUUUCAGAAUCAGGAGAUCUACAGGCAGGAAAAUGUAAUAUAGGGGUCAAGGGAGAAGUAACAAGUAACAAGCUUGAUAUUUUGGGGUCUAAUCUAAAUAAUAUUGCUGGGAAUAUCCAUUCAACCAAGAGGUGCUUGGAUGCUGAGAACUCGAGUUCCAGUCUUAACAUUGGAUCCCUACAAAAUACUGCGUCAAAAGAGAAAGCUGCUGAUUCUGGAGAUACGAAUCUUGAUGAAGUGGUAGAACCAAAAUCUGGGAAGUCUGAUGAUGUGAAGCUUGACAAAAGGAAGUGGGCCCUUGAGGUACUUGCAAGGAAGACAGGUGGCAGUCAAAAGACAAAUGAAUUGAGCACAGGGGAAAAAGUUAGCUUCCCAUUAUUGAUUCAGUUACCUAUAGAUAUGAGGCCAACCUUGCCACAUGAUCGUCGCAGUAAAGUCCCAACUUCAAUCAGGCAGAUGCAACUAAAUCGUUUUGUGGAACUUUACUUGAAAAAUGCAAACAUGGAAACAAUUAGGAGAACUGCAGAAUCUGAGUUUGCUGUAGCGGAUGCAGUUAACAUGGAGAAGGAAAUCUAUGAAAGAUCUAAUAGUAAAAGUGUUUAUAUUAACCUUUGUGCCCAAGCUUUGUCUCAGCAAUCAUGUAGCUAUAAAGCUGUAGAAAAUGAUGAUGCUUACCAUGAGUUAGAAACUGAGUUAGGGGAUGAUGUUACUGCAGCUCUUAAGGAUGCAGGCCUUAUAUCUGACUCUCCUAUUGGAAGCCCAUAUCGUGUAACUGAAGACAGUGGGGUUGAAUCUGACACUGUAGCUGAAAACAAAGACGAUGCAACUGGUUGCAUAGAGAAUGUCCUGGAACUGGACUGUCAACCAGAUCUGGAUAUAUAUGGAGACUUUGAGUAUGAUUUGGAAGAUGUGGAAGAUCCUGCAACUUCAAGCAUAUUAAAUAGUAUAAGAAUCCCAGCAAUCCAGUCAAAAGAUACAGCCUCAAAAGUGAAGGUGGUACUGUCAAGUGGACAAUGGAGUAAGCAGUCUGCGAAUGAACAAGUUGAUGGAGGACAUAAAAAACAAACUGUUGAGAACUCAGCUACUGGAGAACCUAAACCAUUGGUAAGCACGGGAGAAUUCAAAUCUGAGGAAAACAAUGAUACAUUUUUGUCUUUGGAUGAUACGCAUGCCAGAAGUGCCACAGAAGGUUCAGAAAAAUUGGCUUCAACUAUGGAUGAAAAUCAUUCUGCCAUAUCUUGCCCAGACGCUGGUAGAGACAUAAAAUUCCAAGUGCCAAAUAUUUCUCUGAGUGAAGAUGGUCGCUCUGAGCACACAAAUCUUAAAGGUCUUUCUGCCAAAUCGAUUGGAAAUCAGGAUCAAUUGUCUUUCAGAAAAAAUGAUUUAAACCAAGUGGACUUGCAAAUCAACUCGUUUCCAUGUCCAGUGAAAGAUAGUGUCAGUGAUUCUCAGUUGGUAAGUGAUCAGCUUAGUGAUACUGGUGAUGGUUUAGGUUUAGUAAAGUUGCCCCCUGGAGCCAUCAGGGGCAAUACAAAGAGAGGGAGUCCAGAUUGUGAGAAGGACGUUGCACUUUUAGAGACAAAUAAACAGAAUGCUGAAAUGAACCAAAAUUUCUCUGCUUCCAUCCAGCCUGGAGGUAAUUGCGCAAAGAAGAAUCGUGAGAUAGGCCGUACUAAGCCACGAGUCGAUGUUAGUCAGUCAAUCUGGAAGAAGGUGGAGUCAUACAUUAAAGAGCACAUAAGGCCUCUCUGUAAAAGUGGAGUAGUUACUGUAGAGCAAUAUCGUUGGGCUGUUGGUAAGACAGUAGAGAAAGUUAUGAAAUACCACUCUGAUGCAAAAAAUGCAGAUUUUCUGAUCUCAGAAGGAAAUAAAGUUAAAAAACUUGCUGAACAAUAUUUGCAAACAUUCAAGAAAAAGGAAACUUGUUGAUAUGCACAUAUGUAUAUUCCAUUUGCCCUGAGUAGUCAGUUGAAAGUGCUCUUGAAAUAUGUGGGUGCUUUUUCAUUUCCCUAGUCUUAACUAGAUAGUCAUUUUGUAUGCAUCCUAGUCAAAUGAUAAUUUGAAAUUGAGAUUAUUCAAGUUCAAGGAUUUGAACAUCCUUGUUUAGCUAACAAAUUGGGUAUUAAUGCACAUUGUCACACAUCUCAAAAUCAAAAUCAUAGCAUUAGUAUGCCCCUUCACCAACCUUAAUAGUCUUUUCUCGUAAACUAAAAUAUGUAAUAAUAUGGUUUGCCCUCCAAUAAUCAAGCAUGACUAUCUUAUUUCUUCUUCAA